CGCCGCCGCCGCCGCGCCCCCGCCAUGGCCUCCGGGGCGGCCCCCGGGCAGGGCGGCCCCGCGCCGCCCCUCGCCGUGCAGCGCGGCAUCGUCAAGAUGGUGCUCUCGGGAUGCGCCAUCAUCGUCCGCGGGCAGCCCCGCGGCGGGCCCCCUCCCGAGCGACAGAUCAACCUCAGCAACAUCCGCGCCGGCAGCCUCGCCCGCCGCGCCGCCGCCGGCCAGCCGGACGCCAAGGACACCCCGGACGAGCCCUGGGGGUUCCCAGCCCGGGAGUUCCUGCGGAAGAAGCUGAUCGGGAAGGAGGUCUGCUUCACCGUGGAGUACAAGACCCCGCAGGGCCGCGAGUACGGCAUGGUGUACCUGGGCAAAGACACGAGCGGCGAGAACAUCGCCGAGUCCCUGGUGGCAGAAGGACUGGCCUCCCGCCGGGAAGGGAUCCGAGCCAACAACCCUGAGCAGAGCAGGCUGGCGGAGCUGGAGGAGCAGGCCAAGAGCGCCAAGAAGGGGAUGUGGAGCGAGGGCACGGGCUCCCACACCAUCCGGGACCUCAAGUACACCAUCGAGAACCCCCGGCACUUCGUGGACUCCAUGCACCAGAAGCCGGUCAAUGCCAUCAUAGAGCACGUCCGGGAUGGCAGCGUGGUGAGAGCCCUCCUCCUCCCGGACUACUACCUGGUCACCGUCAUGCUCUCGGGGAUCAAGUGCCCCACGUUCAAGCGGGAGGCGGACGCCCCGGAGGUCCCCGAGCCGUUUGCGGCCGAAGCGAAGUUUUUCACGGAGUCGCGGCUGCUGCAGAGGGACGUGCAGAUCGUGCUGGAGAGCUGCCACAACCAGAACAUCCUGGGCACCAUCCUGCACCCGAACGGCAACAUCACCGAGCUGCUGCUGAAGGAGGGCUUCGCCCGCUGCGUGGACUGGUCCAUCGCCGUCUACACCCGCGGGGCCGACAAGCUGCGCGCGGCCGAAAGGUUCGCCAAGGAGCGCAAGCUGAGGAUCUGGAGGGACUACGUGGCCCCCACGGCAAACCUGGACCAGAAGGACAAGCAGUUUGUGGCCAAGGUGAUGCAGGUGCUGAACGCCGACGCCAUCGUGGUGAAGCUGAACUCCGGGGACCACAAAACCAUUCAUCUGUCCAGCAUCCGACCCCCCCGGCUGGAGGGGGACAGCACUCAGGACAAGAACAGGAAGCUGAGGCCCCUCUACGACAUCCCCUACAUGUUCGAGGCCCGGGAGUUCCUGCGCAAGAAGCUCAUCGGGAAGAAGGUGAACGUGACGGUGGACUACAUCCGACCCGCCAGCAGCGCCACCGAGACCGUGCCGGCCUUCUCCGAGCGCACGUGUGCCACCGUCUCCAUCGGGGGAAUCAACAUCGCCGAAGCGCUGGUGAGCAAAGGCCUGGCCACCGUCAUCCGCUACCGGCAAGACGACGACCAAAGAUCCUCUCACUACGAUGAGCUCUUGGCCGCAGAGGCUCGGGCCAUCAAGAACGGCAAGGGGCUGCACAGCAAGAAGGAGGUGCCCAUUCACCGGGUGGCUGACAUCUCCGGGGACACCCAGAAGGCGAAGCAGUUCCUGCCCUUCCUGCAGCGCGCCGGCCGCUCCGAGGCCGUGGUGGAGUACGUCUUCAGCGGCUCCCGCCUGAAGCUCUUCAUGCCCAAGGAGACCUGCCUCAUCACCUUCCUGCUGGCAGGUAUCGAGUGUCCCCGAGGAGCCAGGAACCUGCCGGGGCUGGUGCAGGAGGGGGAACCCUUCAGCGAGGAGGCCACGCACUUCACCAAGGAGCUGGUGCUGCAGCGAGAGGUGGAGGUGGAGGUGGAGAGCAUGGACAAGGCGGGGAACUUCAUCGGCUGGCUGCACAUCGAGGGCGUCAACCUGUCGGUGGCCCUGGUGGAGCACGCGCUCUCCAAGGUGCACUUCACCGCCGAGCGCAGCCCCUACUCCAAGGCGCUGCUGGCCGCCGAGGAGGCCGCCAAGCAGAGGAAGGAGAAGGUGUGGUCCCACUAUGAGGAGACGCCGGUGGAGGAGGUGGUGCCGGUGCUGGAGGAGAAGGAGCGCACGGCCAACUACAAGCCCGUCUUCGUCACGGAGAUCACGGACGACCUGCACUUCUACGUGCAGGACGUGGAGACAGGUGCCCAGCUGGAGAAGCUGAUGGAGAACAUGCGCGCCGAGGUGGCCAGCCACCCGCCCGUGGAGGGCGCCUACGUCCCGCGCCGUGGCGACUUCUGCAUCGCCAAAUUCGUCGACGGAGAAUGGUACCGUGCCCGGGUGGAGAGAGUGGAGUCGCCCGCCAAGGUGCACAUCUUCUACAUCGACUACGGCAAUAAGGAGACCCUGCCCUCCUCGCGCCUGGGCGCGCUGCCCCCCGCCUUCAGCACCCGCGUGCUGCCCGCGCAGGCCACCGAGUACAAGUUCGCCUUCAUCCAGGUGCCCCAGGACGACGACGCGCGGGCGGACGCGGUGGACAGCGUGGUGCGGGACAUCCAGAACACGCAGUGCCUGCUCAACGUGGAGCACCUGGGGCCCGGCUGUCCCCACGUCACCCUCCAGUUCGCCGACUCCAAGAGCGACGUGGGGCUGGGGCUGGUCAAGGAGGGGCUGGUCAUGGUGGAGGUGCGCAAGGAGAAGCAGUUCCAGAAAGUGAUCACCGAGUACCUGAACGCGCAGGAGACGGCCAAGAGCGCCCGGCUGAACCUGUGGCGCUACGGGGACUUCCGCGCCGACGACGCAGACGAGUUCGGCUACAGCCGCUGAGGGACACGGACGAUGCCCCCCCCCGCCGCCGCCACCGUGCCCCCCCCCGCGUCCCCUCAGACCCCCUCCGGGCCCUCCGAGGGGGCCGCGGCUCCGUGCCCGGGGCGGGGGGGGCCCCGUCCCCCUGCCCUCCUGCGACUGACAGCUGAUGUGCCCCCCGCCCCGGCCUGUGUCCGUCCCCCCCCCCCCACUUUCGUCCCCUGUCGUCCCCCCCCCCCCCCCCCCCCGCCGCGGCCCUGGCCUGUAUUUAAAGCUUUGGAGGCCCAAUAAACGUAGCCGAGCGUC